GGAGGCGGUGGCGGCGGAGGGGCAGGAUGGCGGGGCCCGUCCUCCUGAGUGUGGGUGCCGCAGUGGGAGCUGGUGACCCGACACCCGUGUGCGCCCCCGGGAUCCUGCUCUCCAUCUGCGCCUACCACGUGGAGCGGGAGAAGGAGCAGGACCCCGAGCAUCCGGCCUUCUGCGACCUGGGACCCUGGGUGAAGUGCUUCGCCGCCUUUGCCUCCAGGUUGAUCGUCCGGGGCUACCACCAGUCCCUGGAGAGCAGUGGCCUCUGGUCCUUAAAUAAGGAGGGCACGUUCGAACAAGUCGUGCCUGUUUUGGGAAAUAACUGAAAGAAAGAAUGCGUUAAGUCUAGGAAGUAAGUGUGAGUUUCCUUGUCCUCCAGGAUGCCCCGGUUUCCUACUUCCUGCCCCUGUGGCCUGAAUCCAGGCUGUAGCCCUGGCAAUGUUAAAAGCUUUGUGGCUCUUGCUUCUCCUCCAGGCCUCAGUUUGCUUUUCUGCCAAAUGGGGUAAAAUCUCGUGAGUCAUUAAGGCAACUGGGUAGAAAAGAAGCAAGAAGCUGGGCAUGGUGGCUGACACCUGUAAUCCCAGCACUUUGGG